AUGAUGUGUCUGAGAAAGAGCCGCAAGUUGAACAGACAAAGCAGCGGUGAAAACUCGACAGCAUCCCUAGUUUUCCACCGCACAGAAGAGUUGAUAUAUUCAACCAAUCAGAGAGCUGCAUGAGCGCAAAGCUCGAGGAAAAUUACAGAAUGUUGAUGCAUCAGUUCGGAUGGAAGUUAGUCGUCAACUAGAAUUUGAACCGUGCGCGCGUGUGAAACAUAAACGGAACGGAAAGGAUCUUUACACCAACAAACGAGUGUUUAUGAAACUCCCCUUUACGCAGUGUAAACGGUGGCUUUAUUUAAUUGUCACUGCAACAAAGAAAAGAAAGUGAAAAUUUAUACUGAAAAGUUUGUCAACGUGAGAAAGUAUAUAUUUUACCAGCAAAAAUCAGCUCAAUUCUAUUGAAAAAAAAUUGCACAUUCUUGUACAUUCUGUGCAGAUCGUGCGUGUUUAUUUAAAUGUAUAACAAAAUGUCCAGUUAUGAAACUGCAUCGUCAGAUGGCGAUCUAUGUCACAGAGUUUGCGAUCCAGAUCCGUAUUACGAAUCUGGCGGAACUUACUAUACACAGCUCUAUCCAGCAGAUUCCCAAAAUACAGUGACAGGAACUCAGGUGACCAGUGGAGGAGCCGGAGGAGGUGGUGUGAUCAUGAUGGAAGAGGAAGGAUACUGGGGCUCGCCGUGUAGUUCAAGCGAAUCUCACCCAGAGCUGAAUCGAGAUCGAUACUCACCUUCAUCGGUGAUCAAUGGUGCCAGUGGAAACGGUUCGAUCGCGGUGGGUACUGUUCGCAACCUCUCAUCCCAUCACCACCACCAACUGCCCGACCAAUCGUCCUUGUCGACAUCGUCGCUGUCCUCGGCUUCUUCUACGUCCUCAUCCGUGUCGGCAUCUUCGUCACCAUACGGUGGAGCUGGUCAUACUCACCCCACGGGUGGUUACCAUCACUCCCAUCGUCAUCAAUCGCACGAACAGCACCACCAUCAACAAAUACCUUCGUCCAUGUACUGUUCGUCGAUUGUUUAUGAAAAGAGUAACGCCGCAAUGUACGUCCCAGACGAAGGAUACUAUGGUGGUGCAACUGGUGGAUCGGUUGACCCCGUUUCCGGCACUGCAGGAAAUGAACAACAGUCACAUCUGCACAUGGCACCGUCCUCUUCCGGAGUACUAUCUGGCAACGGUGUACCGGUAGUGCGCGUGGUCAAGCGACGUAAUACGGCCAACAAGAAAGAGCGGCGUAGAACACAGAGCAUUAACUCGGCUUACACCUCGCUGCGGGAUCGUAUUCCAAACGUUCCCAAUGAUACAAAACUGUCCAAGAUUAAAACACUCCGACUGGCCAUUUCUUACAUCGCCCAUCUGCUGGCAGUCGUGAACGGAAACCAGGACCCGUCGUGUGACUUCCGCGCAGAGCUGGUUCCCUCCUCCCGCAAAAUUAAUGCCGAGCGCCGUGCCCAGAAGUCACUAAUGCAAAACUUUACCGCCAAUGGAACCGCCACCUCUACGACAGCGACCAACCCGAGCCCACCGGUGACAGAAGGGCGCAAAAUCAAAGGACGUACUGGAUGGCCACAGCACGUUUGGGCAUUGGAAACGAAAACCACGAUCAAAUAAAGAUGUGUACGCUGUUGCGAGGAACCACGAUGCCAAAGAUGAAACCGAAUAGACGUCGAAGCAUCACGACAAAUUAGCACGCACAGGCGCCUAUUAUCAGACAAACAGGAGCACAAAAAAUAUUCCAACUAUACCCACAUUUAGGCUGGCGAUACUGCGUUCAGUGUAGGAAGGAAACAAGACAUGAAUACACUAAUCAUUGUAGAAAGUAAAAAGAACAGGCACUACCACUCGCGUCCGCUUUGCCACUUGGCUUUGGUAGCACCAUGUACAGAUCCUAUUAUUUCGUAUCGUUUCUCCACUGCUUUCGACUGAUCGACGCGUUCAAAAUACGGGAGGCUGUGCCAUUCUAGGUUUAUUGAAUAUUCAACUGAAAUUACGCUACGCAAAUAAACUUUGUGUGUUCUACCUUCUUCACCAGUAAAUGAAAGAAUGAUUUUUAUUUUACUUAAGGGUGUAAACUUUAGACAUACUCUAUUCAUCGAAAUGUACCGAAAAGAGUUUAUAGACGAAAGAAAUGACCAGGA